AUGCGUGUAAAUGAGGACACAGUGCUGAGAGGGCAGUGGGUGAUAUUAGUACCGUAUGAGCCUCACCAUGUUGUCAGGUACCAUGAGUGGAUGAAGUCAGAGGACCUACAGAAACUUACAGCCUCUGAGCCCCUGACCCUGGAGCAGGAAUAUGAUAUGCAGUGCAGAUGGAGAGAGGAUAACGAUAAGUGUACCUUCAUCAUACUGGAUGCUGCAAGAUGGGAUCAGGGAUGCCCAGAAGAGCAGUGCAUGGUGGGAGAUGUUAAUUUGUUUAUCACUGAUCCUGAAAACCCAGCAUUAGCAGAGAUUGAAAUUAUGAUUGCAGAGCCCACAUGUCGUGGCAAGGGGUUUGGUGAAGAGUCGACGAGACUCAUGUUAUUCUAUGGUAUUUCUUCUUUGGGAAUCUCUACAUUUCAAGCCAAAAUAGGUCAGGAGAACAUGAAGAGUGUUCAGCUCUUCCAGAAACUGCAUUUUGAGGAGGUUUCUUUUAGCUCAGUAUUCCAGGAGCUCACUCUGCAGUGGAAAGUGACAGAUGAAGAGAGGCAGCAGCUUCUGGAUACAGCCCAUUUUACAGUGACAUCAUACAGAAAUCUGAAAGUGCCAGAAAAUCAGGAAAUAAAUAGCAUACAAUAG